AUGUCAUUUAAUAGCUCACAUUUCAUGCGAGUCUUUCUCGCAAUGAUUGUUUGGGAGUGCGGUGGGGCUGUGACAAAUACACCUAGAAGCUCAGUUUCUAAAUAUUACACGCCAAAUAAUCAAGACGAUCUCGACUCGAAUUCCUUUCGCACUUGUGUCGGUUGGAUAGUUCUCGACCAAACAAACAAGGAGAAGUUGGUAGCGUGGCAUGUCCUUGAUGUAGUAUCAUAUUUACAAACUGUCGUACAACAUGGCAAGCUUGUCGUCCGCAAUAAGGUUCCGCAAGAAAUAUGGCUGUGUAAGUCACAAUAUCUGAAGAUGUAA